ACGAGCAUCUUACGAGUAGUCUGUUUUAUCCGUAGUAGCUCUCAGUUUACCGUUGUACUUUGCGUGUGUUGCACUAGCAUUUGUCUGUUUUUCAAUGGCAGAGAUGAAACUUCAUUUAAUAUUCGUGUCAACUUUACCCUCAAAGUCGAGCUGAAUCGUUUUAUUUCGCGUCGUAAAUCUACGUAGCUGAUUGUAAAUCGUUUCGAGGAGAUCCUCAAUUUCCAAGUACAUACGAGUUUUGGAUUGAAGUAAAGUCGAGUUGAAAACUAUAAAUGGCUGGAAUCACCUCUGACGUGUAUGAUGUUUUCCAUCCGACUCCAGUAUCGCUCAAACAACUAUCAGCGAUCGUCGUUAGCCUGGAAGUAUGGCGCUAUAAAACGAAUGAAUAUCGCAAUAAUGGCAAAUUGGAAGACUUUAAUCCACCCGAAGAACGUAUAUUAUUAAAAAAUGCGCUCCCUGGUUUACCAUCCGAGAUAUACGACGUGAUUGAUAAAAAUGUCAGGAAAUUUGGCUUUUCAAUGUACCGUUGGCUUAGUAGUCAUCACGAAAGAGUGUUUUAUUUUCAUUACAAACACCGAAACCAUGUUUUGGAAUACUUCGAAGAUUUUGUAUGCGAUUACAACGGAGCUAUUCACUAUGUGAGAACAGCCGAGCGUAUGAUGCUUUGUGAUCAAUUUAACAUGCAGCAAAAGUUCACGAUUGCUUGUACGUAUUUCUUUGAGGAUGAGAUCAGACGACUUUGGCCAUUAGUGUCAGGAAACAAGGACUUUAAUCACAUUAAUUUUUGCAAAAGUCCGCAAUUGUGUUACUGGAUUUGUUGUCUCAAAAAUGAAUUAUAUAAACUACCAACCGUUCAAUUCAACGAUAGUGUGGCAGAAGUGAUGUUAAAUUACUUCAUGCCUUUCAAUAGACCAUCGGUGGAGUAUUUUUGGAAUCGUAUACCAUCGGAAAGUCGAAUGCGAAAAGCUAUCGAUAUUUAUAAUCGUAGUAUAAUAUCUUUUGCUCGGUUCAUUUUACCAAAGUUGAACGAUCAGCAGCUCGGUGAAUUUCUCAAUGAAAAAUGUUAUGUUCUGAUGUAUUCUCUAUUUCGGUGGGGGUGGUAUGAUGAAGAGUUCAUUCUAUCAACAUGGAUGCGAAUUCAGAACUGGUUGAACGAAUAUGCUGCUGCGGACCUUUUUACGAAAAUAUUGCUACUUGAAAAUAGGCCAGUUGUGUAUGGCCUUCGUACAAUGUACGAAGUAGAGAAAAGACCUUUCGAUUACAGAAAUUGGUAUCGCUUCUGUUGUAAAUUAUGGAAUAGUGCUUCGGAAAAGUUGAAACAGUCGGCAGUUAAAGUAAUCACAUCGAAAAGAAAACUGUUCAAACGUGUGAGGCGUGUUGGUCCUGAAAUGCCUACUAAGGAAUACAAAUUCUUAUCAACUGUUCUUUCUUACGCCAGGUACGAAGAGAGAAAAACAUUUUGGAAUUAUCAUUGGCCCUAUUUGGUAAAUCAAACACGAUGCAAAGAUUUCGAAAAAAUAAUGAAACUAUGUCUCGAAAAGGAAGAUGAGAUAACUCAUUUCAAGCAAAACGUCAUGGCCCCUAAUUCAAGUUUUCGUAAACUUAGUAACGAAUACCUGAGGUGCGCGCGUUUCGACCACUUGAACGAUUAUGCCAACUUUUUAUGGCCUGAUAUACCAACAUCGAGAAUUCAAUUUAAACAAGAAAUACUACAGUCAGUUCUUUCCAAUGAGAAGAGCUUCUUUGGUGAAAAUCUGCUCAAUAAAGCAAAAGAAUUUGACGUAUUCAUCAGCAAUGCUUAUGGCGAUGUAGAUCUAUCCAAGAACUAUAAAAAUCAGCUGAUGUCGUCACCUGGAAUGCAGAUCCGGUUAGGCCUACCAAACAGCGCUUUACAUAUUUCUGUAGAUAAUUUUUUGGAAUUUAUUGACACGUUUGUUUCGAAUGAAGAAACUCUGCUGCAGAUAAAAGCGAGUAUAAUUGAUUAUUUGAAGGAGAAAGCAGCUAUUUGGAAAGGUGUGGUGCCCGAGUCUUCUUUCAUGUCACUUUUAUCAUGGUGUUUGGGAAAUGAUGAAGAGGCUGCGAAAUGUAAACCGAGCUACUUAUAAUCGAUGGUACAUAUUUUUUUAGUCGUGUGUUUAUUCGUAGAUUUGUGAUUUUGAAUUUUACGAUAUAUUAUUAUUAUUUUCUGUUUUCAUUGCUUGGGGUGUGUGUAUAAAAUAAUGUACUCGUAGAUACCUAUUCAAACUCUUGAUUUUUUGGUAAAAAUUGUGGUAAUGUUUUUUUUUUUAGUUUUGAAUUUCGAGUUACAUUUUAUUGUUACCUACCUAUAAUAUUGUUCUCUGUGUACUCUUCAUUUUUUUUUUUUUUUUUUUUUUUAUGGUCAAUCUGUUUUUUCUGCAUGAAGAAUGCGUUUAAUUCGUGUAAAU